AUGUAUGACAACAUCUCUGAUUUCACAAGAUAUGAUGACGACCAUGACCCCGAACACGGUGAAGAAGAAGUUUUACAAACAUCCAUUAAGACAGGAAAGGUUUUAACUCAAAGUCUCAUUAUUGACACCAAAGAUGGCGAAGUGGACGUUCUUCAAGAGCUGAAGAAAAAUACUUCUGAAGGAGGUGGUGGUAGGCAUGAACUUGAAAUAAAUGAGAUAGAAGAGAAAUUAGCCGAAAAAGCAGAUAAAAACCAUGUUCAUUAUAUAAGUUCAGACGAACAGAUUAUAACGGACUACCAUGGAUAUUUAACACAGGAUGAAAAAGUGAAGACAGAAGAUGUUAAUGAAAGAAGAUAUAAAUUCAUUCGUGCUAAAGGUUAUGACAUAAGCUGUACUGUACAGUAUGACACAGGUAAAGCACCAGAAGCAUUUGGUUAUAACGAUGAAAUUUAUGCUUCAUACUUCUCUGUUAACGGUGUAUUAGUUGAACCAAGAUUUACUUUGAGAGUUAAGGCAAAAAUAACUUUUGAAGAUGCUAUUAAAAGUAAAGCUGACAAAGAUGAACUUGACGCAACGAACAAAGUUUUGAAAUCUCAUAAACACAAUAUCUCCGAUAUAAAUGAACUUCAAGCUACAUUAAAUAGUAAAGCUGACAAGAACCAUACACAUAAAUCCUUCACUAUUGUUAGAGCAGACGACAUAAUAUUGAACUAUACCCUUGGUUCAAGUGCACCUUUAGAGAAUCCGAGUACAAGCGUAAAAGAUACUCUUAACAAUUUAGAUAACAGUUGCAGGAAUAUCGAAGACCAUGCCAGAAACUUUGAAGCAUACGAACUACCAGCAAUGUUAGAUAAGAAAGCUGACAAAGAACAUACACAUAAAUCAUUCACUACUGUUAGAGCAGACGACAUAAUA